AUGGGGACUUUGCCGUCCGUGCUGUCGCCGGAGUUCCGGGACCGCGCGGCGUCCGCCCUGCCGUUCCCUUCGCUGGCGCUUGGAAGCUUCCAGCCAGACACGGCCACGGGUGCGGCCAAGGCGGACCUCUCCGCCCUGCUGGAGGCCGAGGCCGCGGCGGAUGCUUCAGACACCUCUCGGCCAGCCUCGGGGCGAGAGCUGGCGUCGGGGGACAGCAGCCCCAGCGACUCGGGGACGGAGAAAGAAACGGUGAGCCGCGGGUGCGUGCCUGGUACCAUCUGA